AUGUGGGUUUUCAAGAACAAAGAAGAAUUGCUCAAUUGGGUAUGGGAUGUUGGAAGAAAAAAAGGUUUUGUGAUUGUCAUCAAGACAUCGGACUAUGGUGGUGGUCAUAGGACACCAAGGAUAUUUCUUGCCUGUGAGAGAAGCGGUCAAUACAGAGCUCAUAAGAAAUUAAAAGAAGAUGAUUCAAACAAAAAAAUUGUAAAGAUAACGGGUACAAAGAAAUGCAGGUGCCCCUUUGAGUUGAUGGCUCGUAAAUUGAUGGCUAAUGAUGAUUGGAUGGUAGAUGUAGCAUGUGGAAUGCAUAACCAUGCUCCUACUAAACAUUUUGAAGGACAUUUAUUUGUAGUGAGAUUAUCUGAGGAGGAAACAUCAUUAUUAGUGGAUCUGUCCAAAAGCAUGGUCAAACCAAAAGAGAUUUUGGUUACCUUGAAACGAAAUGAUGCUUUGAAUGUAACCACUAUGAAAACCAUUUACAAUGUAUGUCAUAGGAAUAAUGUUAUUGAGAAAGCACAGAUGCAACAGUUGUUGGGUGAAUUAGAAAAGCAUAAUUACAUUAAGCGGCAUAGGUGUGACAACAACACGAUGACUGCCACAGACUUGUUUUGGGCACACCCUGUCAGUUUAGAUUUGCUCCGUUCAUUUCCAAAGGUGUUGAUCAUGGACUGCACAUAUAAGACAAAUCGAUAUCAUCUUCCUCUUCUUGAGAUAGUUAGUGUGACAUCCAUUGAUAUUCUCUUUGAUGACAUUGCUAUUCCUGAGGUGAUUGUCAUGGACAUGGAGCUUGCUUUGAUGAAUGCUAUUGACAGUGUAUUUUCUGCAUCUCGACAUUUAUUAUGCCGAUGGCAUAUUGGUAGAAAUGUAUUGGCGAAAUGCAAGAAAAUGUUUAAGAGUAAAGAGGAAUGUGACAAGUUUAUCUCUUUAUGGAAUUUCUUAAUACUGUUCUUAACUGAGCUUGAAUACAAUGAACACCUUGCUAGGCUACUUGCGGAUUUUGAUACAUAUUCUUACGCAGUGGCUGAAAGUGAACAUGCAAAACUUAAACGGCAACUUGGUUCUAACCAAGUCAUUUUUGAGUGUUCUUGGCCCAAGAUCCAUAGUUUGCUUGAGUUGCAGCAUAUUGAUAUUAAGGCAUCGUUUGAGAAGAGUUUAACCAUUGUACAACACCAGUUCAAACCAUCUCAUUUUAGAGAGCUCCGAGACAAUAUCUCCAGAAUUGCAUUAGAUCAUGUCUUAGCGGAGAGUAAGCGAGUGAAUGAUGUUGGCAUUAAUGCUUUAGUAUGUGGAUAUGUUGUUCGACGAACACACGGGAUUAAAGAGCUGACUCAUAUUCUAUCAUACUUUGAGCCCAAUCCAGAGUAUCACCGUUGGAUGACUAUGCCUGACAUGGGUCAUCUUAUUGCAUCUUGUUAUAAUGUGGUAUAG